AUGCAGUCUGGGGCGACUCGUGCGCAGCAGCAUCAAAUUCAGCAUGAAUCUCCUGAAGGAGCUUUGUCGGGCGCACCACGUGGAAGGAUACUCCAGGAGGAAUCCGCUCGCGAAAGAGCUAUCCCUACAAGCGCUCCUUUGGUCGUGCGAUCCCAACUGUAAUGCUUGUUCAAAUGGGCAUGUUUUCAGAAGGCAACAAGCGGCGAGUCCCGUGACUCCGCCACGUCGUCAUUGCUUCCCCGACCACAGAGCAUACGCAUCAAAACCUGUUGACGUGCUCCAAACCGAACUGAACGAGGAAGCCCAGAAGAAUCGCGAGAACGUCUCAGCGACUAAAUCUAAACAAACGAUGCACAGACGUCCACCGCUGGGUCCCGAACGUGAACAAGAAGAACCCGGUAAAGUGACAUCACAUUUUGCCGCAGCAUCCGAUCAGUUCAAGACCGAGAACCGUUCUGAAUGGAAUGAUUACUUCAUCGACGCUCGUUCCCGUCUCUUCUGCUGCCUGGUGUGUUCCGAGAGAGUAUUCGGGCAUAACAUACGAUGGGUGCCUGAAGACGACAUCACGCGUGAGGAAUCAGGCAUUUGGAAGGUAUUUACCAACUCUACACUACGUACGGACCUCCGACCACCGACUUACGAUUCUUCAGCUUGGCGGGGCGCACUCAUCCAUCCCCGAGGUCUUCAGCGACCGAAAGAUUUAAUCGAUCAGAUCGCGUACUCGCCCAUGAACAACACCCUUCAGUGCUCACUCUGUCCAGACUGCUUCAAACGGUUGUUCCCUACCACAGGGCCACCGACUAAGCCCCCUCGGUCGUUGAGCAACGGAUUUUAUCGCGCACUGGAUCACGUCCCCGCUGAUGUCCGAGAUUGCUUCUCCAACGCGAGUCAGCUUGAGCACCUCGUCACUGUGCGCGCCAGAGCCUACAAGAUCAUGUACAAGCUAACUCGUUUCGGAGAUCGCAAAGCUCAACAAGAAUAUAGGCGCGGAAACACCCUCAUUUUCAGCCAGAACACCGCUUCGUUCACCGAUGUACUGCCCAUGUCAGUCGAGGAAGUCGCUGACAGUGUUUGCGUUUUAUUCUGUGCAGGGAGCCCCAACCUUGCGGAGCUGGACAAGUGUCGACCCAUGAUCGUGAAGCAGAGUCGGAUCCACUGCAAAAGAUGCUCAGGUGGUUGAUCAACGAAAGCAAGAAUUCGGCGUACUCUGCCGUCUCCUUUGAUGGCCAUUGCACAGCUCGUUCGACGCAGUUCCGGUGCGCUCAACCCGACCUCUACAGCUUCUACGGCGGUUUCAGCUUCGACUUCGACUUCGGCUUCCGUCUGCGUUGCUCCCCAAGUAUCGGAUCCACAAAUCGCCGAUGGAAACUGUCCCGUGCCCGACGUAGUUUUGGCGAAUGUGGUGACCGCAGAGACAGUGGAACCAACAUCAUCACUCUUUGA